CAUAAACAAAAACUAAGUUUAGUGUUUGUGAGCUUAACACCUUGUUUUGGCCACCCUUGGAGUUUUUUCGCUUCGUUUGCUUUUCUGCGGUCAACUUGACUAAGGAAAAACCUUUUCCCUGCGUUCAUUUGAGCUUUUUAAGCCGUUUAGGCAGGAUCUCAAGGAUAGACGAAAAACGAACCCCUUUUUGGCUUAGCUGCCAGGACUUAAAGUAUGGUUUGCCACUUGAAACUUUCGGGGGAUGGUCAAGUGAUUCAUAAAUAGGUGGAAAAGUUAUGGCCACAGUGAGCACUAAGGCUAGUGAACUAGAACGUAAGCUGAUGAAGUAGAUUUUGUUAUUGAAAUGUUUUGUAAUAUUAAAAAGUUGAAAAUCAAACUAUUAAAAUAAAAACCUAAACUUCUAGAAAGCUUAAAAAAGUUCAAAAUUUUGGCACAUUCACAUUAUAGCUAUAUAAUGUUACGGUCUUUGGAAACUCUAUUAAAAAAUAGGUUUUUAAAACUAUUAAAAAGAGAGAAAGUAGAGAUUCUACAUCUUUCAACUAAAGUUCUUAAUUUGUAGUUAAAACGAGUCUCUAUCUAGAAAAACUGUUUUCUGGAGACUAUUUCUGAGUAAAUUGAAUCUUUAUUAAGCGGGAACUACUUUUGCUGUUUUUUUUCAACACAGUUGCACUUUUAGGCUUAAAUGUUACAAAAAAAGAUCAAUUUAUUUAUUUUAAAAUAAAUUAAAAUAUCUUAAGAGUAUCAUCAUCUGAUCUCUGAUACUCAGCGGAAUUUUUCAAAAUUCCAAACUCUUUAUUCGCUGCUUAAAUCAGGCCUUAGAUUUCGUAUCCCCUUCGCAGGACACACACGUGUUGUUGGCUUUCUCUUAGACCCUCUCUUUGCGCAGCGGCGCAUCUGAAGCUCUCCCUUUUGACCGGCUCUCCAUCUCUACGAUACUCUCGGCUUCUCCAUUUCUCUCAGUGUCGCUCUCCACUGUAAAACUGCUUGUUCUUCCACGUAGUUUUGACACUUGUGACAUUUUUGACACACAAAUCAAUUGUUACGUGAAUUUUCAGCGCUGCAGCAGCAGAGGCAGCAGCGCCCAGCGACAUCGGGUAAACGCUCAUAAAAUCGGUCGCCUCUUCACUCAGAAAAUAACAAUAAUCAAAGACUGUUUUAAUAUCAACUGAAAAAACAACAAAAUUAAAUAAAGUGCUUAAAUCAAUCGCAAUUGCAAAGUGUUCAAAAUUCUUAAGCCUAAUUACUAAAAAAAAGUAUCAAAAAUAUUUAACGGAAAAAGACAUUGUCAAAUUGGCCCCCAAAUCGAUUCACCGAAAUCGCAUUCUAAAUGUUCGACUGGAUUGAAUUUAACAGAGAAGCGUAGACGAAAUACGAAUGCAAAUUAGAUGCAAAAUAAAUGGGUAAAAUGAGGUCAAGUAAAUACGAUGUUACCACAGCUUACGGUCUAUGCCAAGAUUAUUUACCUCCUGAUGGUGGUGAUUUCAGGUGCAUUAUGUACAGUAGAAGAUUACGUAAUAAUGUCACAGUGUGCACACAACAAAGCCAUAUACCUAGCUGCGGAAGGAACAGUCUCAGUGACAGACACUUCACAGAUACAAAAUAUAACGAUAGUCGGCUUCCCGGAUUAUCUGAACAACGAAUUCAAAAUAGCACUGUUCGCAAAAGAAACUCAAAGAUAUUUGUGUUUCAACGACAAUUGGAGAUUAGUUGGCAUGAGGGAACUGCGAGAUACCUGCUAUUUCAACGAGACCAUCGUUCACGGUUAUUUCGUGUUCCGUUCCGUUGUCGAUCUGCAGCGACGUGUCGGGUUCACGCACCGAGGUAAGCCUGUGGGGCCAAAGAAGAGCGUCAACGAUGCCUGCUAUAUGUUCAACAAGAUCGAGGCCGAGCAGUUUUUCCGCCAUCAUCAUAACAAUGGCAAUAGUGGCAGCAACAGCAAUGGCAGCAACAACAGUCGGACGCCCCCGCGCAACAACAAAAACAAUCGCCACAAAUCGAAUAACCAAAAUCAAAAGUUGCAACAGCAACAGGAGCAUCAUGGCCAUAAUAAUAAUAACGUUAUUCUUAAUAAUAGUAGUACUAGUUUAAGUAGCACUAACAAAAAGCAAUUAGCGAUAAACCGGCAGAAGCAGCAGCAGCAGCAGCGACAGCAACAACAUCAGGUGCGACAUCAUCACAAUGAUCCAUCGCUGCUGCUGCGACGACAGCAACACGAGAAGAAGCAGAAGCGGCGCAAGCAACAGAAGCAACAGCAACACCAACAACGAGUAUCAGCUAGUCCAACGAAACAAAUGCCAGCAACAGUAACACCAACACCAACACCAACACCAGCAGCAACCAUUGCAGCAACAUCACCGGCAACAGCAACACAAUUGACAACAGCAACAUUGAGCAGCAAGCGCAAAAGUCGGCGAAGAAAGGGCAAGGGCAAGCCAAAAGCACAGCAGCAACAGCAAUUGCAACCACUAGCCACGGCAGCUACAUCGCCCUACACCGACGACACCCUCUACGGCAGCAGCAGCAGCAGCAGCACGGGUUUCGAGGACUUUGAUACCUACAACAGCAGCAGCAGCUCCAGUUUGGAUCCCUGGUCCACUUGGUCCACUAUCGAUAGCUUUAGCAGCAGCAGCACAACAGCAACAUCUGAUGACAGUAUUAGCAGCAGCAGCAACUACGAUGCCUGGGCCACCUAUAUCACCGAAAUGGAGGCCGAGGCAUCGGCCAUGACGCCCGAGAUGGGCGGUAACGACACCGAGUUGCUGCAGUACGAGGCCGAGUUGGUGGACGAUUCGGAGGCGGCGGAGUCCACGGCAACAAUUGAAACCAAAGCAACAUCAGCAAUAGCGGCAACGGCGGCCACAACUACCUCGACAGCGGGCUCGCAGCUGGUGAUAGAGCAGACGCCGCUGGCCAGGAGCAACAUCAGCAACAAAAGCCACAUCAGCAGCAGCACGCGGGCAACACCAACGGCAACCAGUCAGACUGAAACAGCACAGAGCACGCAACAAGCAAGCAGGCAAUUCACCAGCAGCAGUAGGGAAAAUCCCUCGGAAAAUGCGGAUAACUCCAAGAUGUUGUUGGCAGGCGAAAACGAAGUGAAGCCACAACCACAGCCACUCAAGUUGCUCUGGACUUUGCAACCACCCAUCGCCACACGUGGCAGCACGCGAGCAACUUCGAUGACAACACCCAUGCAGCAACUAUCCAGCACGGCAGCAACAGCGGCCACGACACCACAGCAACAUGUUGCUCCCUCACUCUUUAGCGUGGACAAGAACAUUAACAGCAACCUGAACAACACUCUUACUGAGGCCUCGCCAACGGCAGCAGCAACAUCCAGCUUUACGGCAGCAACAACGAUGAAGAAGCCCAUUCGGAAGUUUACUCGGAAGCUGAUGGCUACACCCUAUCACCAAUUGACCUAUGUCCGGAAUGCCGGCGGGGAUAUCGAUAUCGACAACCUAGACAAUAUCAGCGUAUAUCCCGUUCUCUACAAUGGCGAUCUGGAUGGGAAUGGCAGCGGCAACAGCUCUGAUAGCGGCUUCAGCGGAUUCCUGCCUACCUCCACCACUUCCCAUCUGACGGAACCGAUUCGUAUCGGCAUGAACAGGAUCAGGCCGAAUAAGACUCUUCAUUGGUUCAAUCAUCAGAGAUUUGCGUAGUAGUUAGGGAUUGGCAAGCUUUGGCUAUUAGAUCUUUAAAGGCAGGACUGUUCCGGUCUUAGCUUUCACAGAUAUCUUAAUUUCUAUGCAAUGCAAGUCGAUUGUUCAAUUCUGAAUAUCA